GGCUAAGCGACGGUAUUCACCGUAUGGAGUCGAUUUUCUUCGAGGGGACACCGCACCAAACCAGAUCCACCCUCAAUACUCAUAUUACCUCUCCAUUCACAUUCCCAAUCUGCUACUUUCCGCGGCGGACCCCGGUUUAUGCUCGAUCCCAUUCAACUACCAUUCUCCUGCCUGCAAAGUUCUAUGUAUACCCAGAUGCUUCGUUAUCUCUGCACCUGAGCACGUUUAAGUUGUCUGUUAAAUUCACAGAGCAGAAUAAAGUUUUAACCUUUUCAAACUCAUAUUUUGAGUAAUGGGUAUUGCAAUUAAUGCACGAAACUGGUGGGCAGUGAGGAGGCAGGACAUGGCCAUGGCUUCCACGCCUUUUCCUCUCACUACACCCAAUGCCAAUUCCACUGCUCAACUCACAGCGAAGCAAUGCUCCCAAGAUGGAGUGAAAGCAGGGGCAAAGGCAGCCGCAAUUGCAUUUGUUGCAUCUGCAAUCCCCGUGAUGAUGGGAGCACGGGCCAUUCCUUGGGCAAGGGCGAAUCUAAACUAUGCUGCUCAGGCACAUAUCAUCUCUUUAGUUAGUGGAGCAGCAUACUUUAUAGUAACAGACAAGACUAUUUUGGCAUCUGCACGGAAAAACUCGUUUGAAGAAUUAGCAAGUCAUGGGGAAGCCUCCUUCUGAAUGGUGGGAACAGUUCUGUAAAUGUAUAGUGAACCUUCAAGAAUGGCGGGAUGAUGCUUAGGAGUUCAGAAUGUGUAGAAAGGAAAAGCUUCCCAUUUUCCUUUCAAUAAUUCGAGACCAUUUGACCCCAUAUGGAAUAUAGCAUGUGUUUGAAGACCAUUCGUAACCUUUGACUGUAAUAUUUGUCUCACCGUAUCUUGAAUGAUAAGAUCUAUGAACUUUUAAUUAAAAUACUAUCCG